AUGGAGGGUGACAGGCAGCACCCAGCCCCUGCUGCUCCCCCAGAGGAGCACCUACAGCUCCUGCUGCGCCGCAGCCGGGAGGCCAAGAACUGCGCCUAUUGCCCCUACAGCCGGUUCCCGGUGGGUGCCGCGCUGCUCACAGCCAGUGGGGAGAUCUUCUCCGGGUGCAAUGUGGAGAACGCCUGCUACAGCCUUGGGGUGUGCGCCGAGCGCACCGCCAUCCAGAAAGCCAUCUCCGAGGGGCACACCAGCUUCAGGGCCAUGGCCAUCACCAGUGACAUGGGGGACACCUUCAUUGUACCCUGCGGUGCCUGCAGACAAGUGAUGAGAGAGUUCGGCACGGAUUGGGAUGUCUACCUGACCAAAGCAGACGGCAGCUAUAUUGUCAAGAGGCUGGAGGAGCUGCUGCCACUCUCCUUUGGCCCUGAGGACCUGAAGAAGGUGUGA